UCUACCAAUUUCUCAAACAUCAUCAUGGCGUCUUGCAGUAACUUUGUUCCAGAGGGUUUUUGGCAGAAUGGCCCCCGACCAGGAGCCUUUUACAGUCUUCCUGGUAAUAAGCCGUCUGCAUCUUACGAACCAGCCAAACACACGUUAUCUCCAUCGGUAACGGGAACGUCUGUCCUUGGAAUCAAGUUCAAUGGUGGGGUAAUGCUGGCUGCAGACAUGCUAGGGUCCUAUGGCUCAAUGGCAAGAUAUCGCAACAUCUCUCGUAUCAUGAAUGUCAAUAAUAACACAGCCAUUGCUGGAGCCGGAGACUACGCUGACUUUCAGUUCCUGAAGGAAGUACUGGAACAAAGAAUUAAUGACGACGAGUGCUUAGGGGAUGGUCAUGAGUACACACCGAAGUCCAUCUUUUCUUGGCUGACAAGAGUGAUGUACAACAGACGCUCAAAGUUCAACCCGCUCUGGAACAUCUUUGUGGUUGGAGGUCUCCAGAAAGGAGAACCGUUUCUUGGGUACAUUGAUAAGAUCGGCAUGGCUUACGAGUCGCCCACAGUGGCAUCAGGGUUUGGAGCAUACAUCGCACUGCCAUUGAUGAGACAAGCCUACGAGAAGAACAACAAUAUGUCCGAGGCGGAAGCGAAAGCGGUACUGGAGAGAUGUAUGAAAGUUCUCUUCUACAGAGAUGCAAGGUCAUUUAACAAGUAUGAAUAUGCUGUGAUUACAUCAGAUGGAGUCAGGGUCGAACCACCGACGUCCGCAGAGACAAGUUGGGACUUUGCCUACAUGGUUGAGGGAUAUGAAUGAAAAAAAAACCAGUCGGCACAUCAAGUAUAAAUAAGUAGAGUUAUCAGGUCAGCAUACCCAGCAGAGAGUUUGACGUUUCUCAGUUCAGAAAAUUUGACGUUCCUCAGUUCUAAACUUGAAGGCAAACCUCAACUUUGUGAAAUGUCUUCACUGCUAAGAUGUUUGUAAUUUUUUAAAUUAAGGAGUUAACAUUUCCAUAACUGUGCUUUUAAAAUGGAUAUGACAAAAUGUUCUUCUUAGUUUAAAGAACACCCUGUAGGGUUUGUAGUCAAUUUGUGUCAACAAAAUCUCAGAUGAUGUCAUUAUGACAUCAUCAUGCCAUUUCCGGGCCAGGGUGUAAUGAUUUUUUUUCCAUCAUGGUGGUUUGCAUCAAAUGUUUAGGUUUUUUUCAAGAGAAAAUUGUUUUCAGUGCAAAUUUUUGUCAACCCAUACCUUUAUUCAUUGCGACUCAACUAUAUGCCAGUGAGAGAGUUGCGGCAUGGAGGUAUCAUUUUUCUUUGGAUACAGUGGUUGUUUGACACCAUUCUCGGUCCAAAUGCAGCUCAACCCAAUUAAAACAGACUAGUCUGUCGACCCGUGUUCGCCAAUGUUUUUAUUUACACAAAAUUUGAAGUUGUUGCAACUCUCUCAAUAAAGUGCUCUGGUGUUUUAGUUUGAAAAUCUUGGUCUUGUUCUGCAGCCUCACUGCAGAUAUUCAAAUAUUUCAUUAUUUGGUUUUUAUCGUUACAAUAUUUGUCAAAAGGUAAAUUAUGACUUUUUGUUUAAAACUUAGCUCAAGAAUUUUGUAACUGUUUUGCAUCAAAUAAUUAACAGAAAACUGAGUAAUAAGCUUACAAUUACAUGUAGCUCAGAAAUGAAAAAGGAUAUACAAAAAGCAGUGUAUUCAAUCUUUUUGAUGGGGGGAUACAGUACAUGUACAAACAUGUGGUGGAGGUCUCGAGUAAGGUUUUGGAAGAUGAGGUCUCGGACUUCGACUUUGAGGUCUUGAUUCUAACACUGGUACAACAAAAGCCAAAAUGUGAAGAUUUACUCAAAACACUUGCAACACAAGAUGACAUUUUCUCGACUCAUUUGUACCCCAUGGAAUAACAAGACUCUCUAAGGCUGUAUGGUCAUCUAUCAUUGAUUCACUGACUGUUUUAUUCUAAAUUCAGGCACAUAAUCAAAAACAAGGAAUUGUGUAUGUGGAAUAAAAAAUGAUAAACAAACUUU